AUGUCGUUUGCCCAGGACUCUGACAAGGCAACGCCUUGUUGGGUGGCAGAUGGUGACGUCGAGAUCCAUGGUCAGAGCUUUACUCCUCGUCGUGCGGCCAUGGCAUUUUUUAAACUUCCCGCCAAGGAAGAGCUUCCAGAAAACAUGUACGAGAAUGUCUUGGCUGAUGCUCGGGAGGGCCUGCAAGACGUUUUUGACCGCCCUGGUUCUCGUGCACCUGUCUUCCCUGCGACGGCUUUCAAUCCUUCAACACCAGAGUGCGAAUUCAUCCAGAAGAUGGAAGUACGCCAAAGACAGAUAAGGGCGACGGCCGAUAUCGAUCAAAUUCCUGUUCGCAAGAGGAUAUCUUCUUCAAAUCCACACACAGAACAUUUGAGAUUUGAUAACGCACCCUACUACGAGGAUUAUGGAUCUAUGAUUCGCCUUAUACCAUCUACUCCCGACGUUGACGAUCGAUAUUAUGGAUACCCUGAUGAGUCAAUACUUCAGAGUGGCCUCGACGAAGACAUGUCUCCAUCAUCUUCAAUCGUAGAUGUAAUGGAGAGGCUUUUUAUAGAUCACGACCAAUCCGAAAUGCAGAACGCUACGGCGAACGCGAGACAAGAUCAAUUCGCUGAGUCCUCAUUUAUACCAGGCCGCAACAUGAGAGCUCGUGACCCUGCAGAACGAGUAUUUAAGACCUCAAAGGGUGAAAACUUAAGCCAACCUUUCGAUUUUAUAUGGCCGAAAUGCCCUGUAGGGAUGGAGAACGCACCUAUGAUAACCAAGUGGGAAGUUCAUCGGAUUGCAUGCCACUGUUCUGUGGACCUGGAAAAUGUCACCCUUGAGUAUCUCCCAACAUGGAGAGAUCAAGAUGCUCUCUGGAAAGACUUGAAACAGCGUAAGGAUUUCCAUGAAAAAUCUUUUCCAGCAAAAUGUGAUAGAGAAGUGUGGGUCCAAGGCCAUGAACAAGAUCUCAGCGCGGUAAGAGCCGUGGAAUACAAGGCCAGACUCAUUUUUCACAAACCAAACACAAUACCGAAAUUCGAGCUUGAAAUACCCAGGUCUGAAAAAAGCUCCAGACUUCGUCGGAAAUUUGGUUUCAAUCGAUUUAUGGAGCUUCAGCUGCUGUUUGGCGAUGGAUGUAGAUCGAUCCUCAAGGACAAAGAUGAAAAAAGGGCAUUGGCGAGAUGGUUAGUUCAGGAGCGUCACCUUUUUUUGCGUUGUAAAUGGGCGGCGUUUUUCAUUGAGGAGAUGAAAUCAAGAAAGCAGAAUCCCGGCCUGAUCGCACCUAACAUGACCGGCAAGCGCGUUAUGCUGUUCGCAGAGCAAGGAGCAAGUCUUAACUUCGGUUCUAUGGUCUCUGGAACAACCAGCCAUCUCAAUGAUGUACCAGCAAUCAUGUCGGUUGAUCCAGUGUGCCAUAGAUAUUCCCUACUAGACUGGCUUUUGCAGCUCGAAUCCAAUUUGCAUCGACCUUAUAUCAAGCUCUUCAAUCGAAUUUCAUUAGGUCUAAGCAAGACAACCCCGACUGUUUUGCUUGAGGAAAACAUGAUACGGCACCGACCUACAGACAUUGAAUCUCCGAACGGCUCGCCUAUGAACGAUGGUAUUGGAAGAAUUUCUCACUCACUUUUGAGGGAGGUGCGGGAUACUAUGGGCCUAGACUUUCUCCCUACAGCUAUCCAAGCUAGAAUCGGUUGCGCUAAGGGCCUAUGGAUGUUAGAAUCAAUUCCCCUUCCUUCAGAUGAGCGAUGGAUCGAGAUAUAUCCCUCCCAGAAAAAAUGGGAUUGCAAUUGGUCUGAUCCCGCCCAUCGAACCUUGGAAGUAGUUUCUGUUUCUUCCUAUAGGGGACCAGCCACUUUGAACCUUCAAUUCAUUCCAAUCUUGGAAGAACAAGCAAUUAAUCGAGAACUCAUGCGAACAACCAUUUGCCAUCGCAUAGAUCAGCAUUUGCGGAACGAUCUGGACCAUGGCAAAGCAGCCAUGGAGACGCCCGAACUCUUUCGAAAGUGGAUCCAUGACACUUCCUACACCACAUUUGGGGAUAGCCAAGAUGGCAUGUCCUGGUUUGUGGGAGGUUUGCCAACAGACUGGCCCGGGACAAUGAGCUUUCUUGCUGACGGCGGCUUCGAGCCAAAGACACUCAAGUUCCUAAAUACCAUGAUGUUCAAACAUCAGAUGCAGCGUUGGAAACAGAUGGAAACCAAACUUCAUAUCAAGAUUGCCCGGUCAACCUCCGCAUUGAUGACCAUCGACUUCCAGGGGAUCCUGGCGCCAAAUGAAGUCCAACUGUGCUUUUCACCGGCGUUUGAUGACGGAGAACAGAGUCUUGAUGAUCUUAGCGGAUUUGACGUGCUCGUUGCUCGCUCCCCAGCACAUCUACCUAGUGAUAUUCAGAAGGUAAAAGCUGUUUUCAAGCCAGAGCUGCGACAUUUCAAAAAUGUCAUCAUAUUCUCCUCUCUAGGUGACGAAUCACUUGCCUCUAAGCUAUCGGGAGGAGACUAUGAUGGAGACAAGGCCUGGGUUUGCUGGGAUCCGGAUAUAGUUGACAAUUUCGAGAAUGCCGACAAGGCCUCCAAGGUCUCUUUCGAAGAAUACUUCCGGCCUAACACUCAGAAGACAGGCAUUCUGGCAUCUCGAUAUGGCAAGCCUCGUUACUUAGACGCACUGUUGGAAGAAGCAUUUGACUUUCACCUCAGCCCCUCAUUCAUGGGCAUUUGCACUAGCUAUAAGGAAACCCUCGCAUAUCAAGAGGGAAGUGUCGGAAACGAGACAAUCGUCAGACUGAGCAUGCUUUUGAGUGAGCUCGUGGACCAAGAGAAGGGCGGAUUCGAAUUUGACGACAAUGUUUGGUAUCGUAUUAGAGAAACGAUGUGCGGAGGCAAGAUGUUCCUGAAAGCCCCGGCGUAUAAGAGCGACGACCUUGCAGCUUUAAGUACCUCCAGCCACAUUAUCGACGUCCUCCAGCAUUUUAUGCACGAGCGGAUACAGAACGGGCUACAGGAAUUUUCCAAUUAUUGUAUCGGUUUUGGCAUUAGACCUGAUAAACCUGUGCUCACCACAUUUGAUGCAGACCUCGUUAGCUAUUGGAACGAAUUUGAGAAAGAGGCAGAGCAGAACACGUCACGAUUCGAUCCAUCUUCUCCAUGGUUGAAAGUUUUCCGAUCAAGUCUCGUCGAAAGAAUAGAUGAAUGUUGGUCAUAUUGGGGGAAGAUGAUGUCUGGCAAAGGGGAUUAUCUCACCAAGGCCAUACCCGUUUACGAGCGGUGGAGAGAUAUUUCGCCGAAUGUUCGAUACGACUCGCCUGUUGCCACUAUGAUGACAUCCUCAUUCAAGGAUGGAAUAUGCUGUUCGAAAGGCUUGGGGCAGUGGGACCUUCUCAAAGCCAGUCUCACUUUUAAGAGGCAUCAUCAACGUCCUCAGUUCGUUUGGCAGAUGGCAGGUCGUCAGCUGCAAUUUAUCAAAGCGUGCACAGUCAAGGGUGCUGGAGAGAACGACCUAUUAACACCAAUACCUGUAGUUUCGAGGAUGUAUAGAAUUCUGCGUCCAGAUGCAAGACGAGUUGAGAGGGUCAUUACCGAUCAAGACCGGGACUUUACAGAUGGUUCAUAUUUAGAGUAG